CGUUUCCAUGUGCGGGUUCAACUCCAUGCGCGCGUUCCCAAAUCUAUCUGGUUGCGCAUGAACCACUAUAUUGACGCUACAAUGCAAACACAAGCAUGCCUUCAGCGACGCUUUAUAUAUCCACACCGCUGCAAUUACACGGUAAACACCAUUUCGUGCCUUGCACACGGCUGCAUAUGCAAUCAUCCCUGCCAGAAUCGCAUGACCGCAGCUGUCGCUGUGCGCACGAGCAACCACCGAGAACGCGUCACUAAACAGCGCCUGCAAACGACCGUCCACGCACGGUGGCGAACUUGUGUGGCGUUAGUAUGUCGUUACGUAAUUCACAUGCGCAAGGGAAUACUUCAAAGCGCGUGGUUCAGCGUAAGACCGCUGCUCCAAUCCUAUCUUUAUGUACGCUGUCUUCCUCCGCGACGUAUAGCUAAGGCUAUCUCAUUUGCUCAUUUUCCCAUGCUCGAUACACAUACAAUGCCACCCGUAUAGGCAACACAGAACGUAUAUAGCCCCUCGCACCUGCACGCGCUGCCCACGGGAGCCACUUCUCAACGCCACCAUUUCACAUGCGCCUUGUCGUGGUCAUCUAGUCUCUCUCUUCUAACGGUCUGGCUGCGCCGGGGCACACCUGCUUAGCAAGCUCACGUUUACUAUAAUUCAUAUUGCGCCUAAAGCUGCUAGCCUUACUCCGUAUAACAUUCCAAUGUGUUGCUAUUGCAUUCGUUGCUUCACCCUUGCGGCGAAAGUGUGACAUUUAAAAUAAGCAAUUCGCUGACAACUAAACAACUUCGCUACACUCGAUGUAAAAAAAUUACUACGCAAAAAAGUCUACAGCGGAACCAUAUAUCUUACACCGCGUAAAAGGAAAUUGCGAAGGCUGCAUGAAAAACAAGAACAAAACAAUAACAACAACAAAAAUGAGCGACAGUUUUGGAAACCGGCAAAUAGUAGAUGUGCAGCGUUUUAUAAAGCCACAUUUAGUGACGAACGAAACUGGAUUGUUAAACACACGUGUUCUUAAAGAAUAAUUAGGUAUCCACGCAUUCGACAAUUUCCGAUCGAACCUUUCAUGCAGCUGCGACAUUUUGAACCAUGUUUUGAACACUCCCGCCGCGCAUAGCCGCCCUGCUGUCCGCGCGUCCUCUGUCGGUUUGCGCAAGAGGCACCCUACGAAGAAUUCCGGUUCCGGUACUGUUGCAACGCGCCGGCGCACCACCAGAGGCGCCCGCGACGAACGCGGCUGGAAAGGCGACUCGUGUCACUGAACGCGGUGUGUGGCCGCUGUCAGUGCGCGAGUCGUCGCCGCCGGAAGGGCUUGCGUGUUGGCUCACAGACUGCGCCGUCAAACGCGUGCACGUUGCCGCCGCUCCGAAGCGCACUUUCUGACACGCUUGAAAAUGGCCGAGGACGACGGACGGGUGAAGUUGAAAAAGGAGAUCGGCCUUUUCAGUGGCGUCAUGAUCGUGGUCGGCACUAUAAUCGGCUCCGGUAUUUUCGUCUCCCCGAAGGGAGUGUUCGAGCACGCCGGCUCUGUAGGCGCCUCGCUUGUCAUAUGGGUCCUGUGCGGUCUGUUUUCCAUGAUCGGCGCCGUAUGCUACGCCGAGCUGGGCACCUCCAUUCCAAGAUCCGGCGGCGACUACGCGUACGUGCUGGAAGCGUUCGGCCCGCUCUCCGCUUUCCUGAGGCUUUGGGUGACGGUGUUGGUGGUGCAGCCGGCCACGCUCGCCGUUCUCAGCCUUACGUUCGCCACAUACAUGGUGAAGCCCUUGUACCCGGACUGCGAACCACCGGACCUGGCACUCAGGCUCAUGGCCAUCGUCUGCCUCUGUUUAUUGACGUACGUGAACUGCAAGAGUGUCAAGCUGGCGAUGAAGGUACAGGACGUCUUCACCACAGCCAAACUGGCAGCGCUGGCACUCAUCAUCGUCACAGGCAUCGUUCGGAUUGCGCAAGGUGAAGUCGGGUACCUGCAAAACAGUUUCGAGGGAGAAUACUCUGUUGGUGGGAUCUCGCUGUCUUUUUAUGCCGGCCUUUUUGCCUUCGGCGGAUGGAAUUAUUUGAAUUAUGUGUCCGAGGAAUUGAAGGAUCCAAACAAAAACCUGCCGAGAGCUAUAUACAUCGGUAUUACGCUUGUGACGGUCGUUUACGUCCUGGCCAACGUUGCCUACUUCACAGCAGUAUCUCCCCAAGAAAUGCUCGCAUCGCCGGCUGUUGCUGUGACGUUCGCACAGCGUACAAUUGGUGCCGUAGCGUGGAUCAUGCCAGUAUUUGUGAGCUUGUCCACUUUUGGAGGCUUGAACGGGAUCAUGUUUACUAUUGCAAGAUUAUUCUUCAUUGGAGCAUUGGAAGGGCACCUUCCCAUGAUAUUUGGUAUGAUACACACGACCAAGCUAACUCCGACGCCGCCACUUUUAUUAUCUUGUGCAGUGGCGCUGCUGAUGUUUUCGACGAGCGACAUCUUCGUCCUCAUCAACUAUUUGAGCUUCAACCAGUGGCUCUGGGUGGGCGUCUCCAUCUUGGGCAUGCUCUGGCUGCGUUACAAAAGACCUAACAUGCACAGGCCAAUCAAGGUUCCUCUUAUCGUCCCCAUUGUGUUCCUGGCCAUGUGCACCUUCCUUACGUUCAUGCCCUUGUAUGCCAGCCCCACGGAGACUGGAAUGGGCCUUGUAAUUCUUAUUACUGGCAUUCCAGCUUAUUACGUCUUCGUUAUUUGGAGUCCGAAAAACAAAGUGAUCCGAAAGGUUUCUGAAUUUAUGACAAUAGAGAUGCAGAAGUAUCUGGAAGUCGUAUAUCCUGAACAAGAAGAAAAACUUCUGGAAGUUGAAUCCUGAAGGCUGCAAUCUUGCUUUCAGGAACCUAAUUCUAAAGGACCAUUCAGCUCAUUUACUACAGUGUGUGUCCCCAUACUGAACCAGUGUCGCUUCAGUGUGGGAACAAUGAACGUCAAAAGCAGCGAAAACACCGGUGUAUGUAAAUUUUUGGAAGAUUGUUAAAAUACUUAUCGCCGCCAAGCAUUAGUGAAUGUUGCUGUACCGAAAAAGGAAUGGCUUAACUUCUUGUAGCGUGCCAGAAAUUUGCGUGCAAACUGACAUGAUGAACUGGAGGAUCGAGAACAUAAUGGUGACGGUAGUAACAAGUCAAAAUUCAUUUUUUAUUUGCAGGUGAAUGAGCUCAAAGAGGUAUUGUCGUGUGUUAUUGAUUACUCGUCUUGCAGUGCCUUGGUAUGUCAAGAAGUCUCUGCCAUUUUCUGAUAGAGUAGAUUGUACGAAUUAGUAGGCGUUACUCUUUCAAGGAAUAGCUUAAAUUUUUAUCACACAGUUCUGUUUAACUGCCUGAUUGCUGCUGAGUCUAAUGUUGGAAAAUCUAGCUCAAGUAAGGAAGAAAGGAUGGGAUGAUAUUUAGCGUGAGUGCCGGGAGUGGUUGUAUUUCUCGGAAGGUACUGCGGCUCUUCACUAAGUUGUGAUUGCCGUUCCAAAAACAAAUUGUCACUUCGUCAUGUCUUGAGUGCUGCUGCGUUGCCAUCGUUACCGUGAACGAACGUCCGGCCCUUGGCCGAUGGUGUCAAAUCAAAGAAAACGCUUCAUCCAAUCAAAAAUUAUACGUGCUGCCUUUCGGAGCGCAGUAUCUCGCCCUCCUAAAGGCAACCGAUGUGUAGUCGAGCUUAUGCGGGCGGCUGUGUACGCGAAAGGAAAACAAUUUCUCCCCUAGCAUCCGGCCAGAGAUCGCUUUCCCGUCACCGCGUGCACGCCAACGCCUCCGUUUACAGUCGUCGGUGGUUCUGACGCGCAUCGCGUCACCUGAAGCGUCACCUGCUAAUCGGCAUGAUCAAAAGACGGCACUGAUUGUGGCGUUAGACAGGGGCCGUAUAACGUAAAGCUACUACAUUCUGACUUUAUUCCAAUUUCUUGGUGUCAAAUUUACGUAACCGCAGACGCAAACAACGGGCGGUGAUCCGCAGGAUUGUUUGAACAGCCCAGUCAAACGCUCUUCUCGUUCAUAGGAAGUCACUUCUGUUUGCUUUGAAAGCAAAUGGCACAGCCUACCUUGACAGGGUUUUGCCAUCUAUUUAGCUGACAAGACGCGAGGAGAGCGCACAAGGGGACAGAGGUUCGGUGGGUCUGAGCUAGCGCAGUGAAAGUACAUAACCGGAUGAGGAAGGCGGUGCUGGCAUCUGCGAUUGGUCCGUCUCUCCCGCUGCUUAGCUUGUGGCGGCCGCUCGAAAGUUGCGGUGGUGUGAAACUCCCCCAGAAGGUUAAAAAUUCCGCUAAAACAGAUUCUCAGCGAAGGAGAGUUGGCAGAGCGAUGUAUUGUACAUACCGAAAGUACUCGACAACGUUGUACUGGCAACAAACAGUUCUUUCUUAUAUUCAGAGAAAUUUUCCUCGGCAGCUCCGUGUAGCUAUAGUGCUAGAGCGAUCGGCGGGCAGCCAACUUUUAUUCCUUUCGGAACGGCGUCAGCCUCCGCCUAUACCGAAAAAAAAAUAUUCGAUUUUGUUCGGCAUAGUAAUAAAUAUUUGGUGCGUACACGUUAAGGUGUCGUUGUGAGUUCUCGCACUCUUCGGACGUCGCGUGAUAGACAGGCGAAGUGGGCGGGCGCAGCCCGAAAAUUCUUGAUUGCUCGCGUAGGGCUCAUGGCGAAAAAGGCGCACAAUCUAAGGUUUUCUUUUCUUUUGUUCGGCCUAACCAUGCAUAAUCAGUGUGUACAAGCGAUGGUUUUCAUGGUUUUUAUGGUUUUCGGGACGUCGCGUUACAGAGAGGUGAAUGGGGGUGGCCCGAAAAGAUUUUGACCAAUUGUGGAUGACUAGCGGCAGAAAUGGAAUAUAAACAGAUUGGAAUAAUUGUACGUUAUAGCACCCGAUGGGCCCUAUAACGUAAAACUAUUUCAGUAUGUUUUUAUUCCAAUCUCCUGACGUCAAAUUUGCGUAGCCGCCGACGCAGGCAUCGGGCGGUGACCCGCAGGGUUGUCUAAACAGACCAAUCAAAUGCUCUCCUCAUUUAUAGGAGGUCACUUUUGUUUGCUUUAAGAACGAGCAACAUUGCCUACAAUGAGCCGCUUGUCUUAUGUAAUUGGGUGAUAAGAGGCGAGGAGCACGCUUAAGUGGAUAGGGAUUCGAUGGGGCCGAGCCAGUGCACUGAAAAUCGAUAACCGCAUGACGAGGGUGGUGCCGGCGUCUGCGAUUGGUCCGUUUUUCCUUACUUAGCUUGCGGUGGCUGGUAGAAGGUCGCGGCGGCAUGCAACGGAAGGUUAAGAAUGCCGCUAAAAAGGAUCCUCAGCAAAGAAAAGUUGGCUGAGCGAGGUCGUAAAUGUGCCGAAAGUGCUCGAAAACAUCGUUGCAUGGCCAAGCAAAAAGCUUUGUUGUACGCAAAUAAACCCAUGCUCUCCGGGAGGUGGGAGUAGCCAGUGCCUGAGCGAUCGGUGGCAGCCAUCUUUUAUUCCUUUCGGAACGGGGCAGCCUGUGACUAUUCAGAGAAAAGUUCAGUUUUGUUCGACAUAUUAAUGCAUCUGUAACGCGUGCUCGUAACUUUGACGCGGUGAGUUUCCGCGGUUUUGGGACGUCGCGUGAGAGGCAGGUGAAAUGGGUGUAGCACGAAAACUUUUGACCAAUAGCCGAGGGCUAAUUGCGAAAAGGCGUCGAAUCAGAAAUAACUAUUUUUUUUUGUUCAGUCCAAUCAUGCAUAAUCAGAGUGCACACGUCAUAUCAGAUGGGGAGCUAUCGUGGUUUGCGUGACGUCGUGUGACUGACCGGCGAAGUGAGGGUGUCCCAAAAAAAGUUGACCAAUCGCGUAAGGCUGAUUGCAGAAUUGGAAUAGAAAAAGUUUGGAAUAGCUUUACGUUAUAGCGCCCCAGGUCUGACAAUAGAGAUGUUUAGCGUGUCCUCUAUUCCGGCAAACCGGGGCGGUUUGGGCGGAUUACCGUAUGGUCGGGGACGUAAACGUGAGCGGCCGGAGCGGUGCAGCCGCCUGGUGGUGUAGAGCUCAAUCAGACAAACACAGAAGUAAAAUUGCAGUAACCUAAUUUAUUCUGCUUCGCUGCUGGUCCAAAUUUUCGGCAGCGGCGUAAUUGUGAACACAAUUACGCCGUUGUCAAAAACUUACACCCCAGCUAACAAGAAUAUAGUAAUUGGCUUUGCGUUUAGGUGGUUGAGCUUUGCACCACCAGCUGGCGCCACCAAUCUGGCCGCUGACGUUUACGCCCCCGACCAUCCGGUAAUCCGCCCAAACCGCCCCGGUUUGCCGGAAUAGCGGACACGCUAAAAGUCUCUAAUGUUACGCGCGUAUACGGGUUUAAUUUACGUGCCCAUAAAUUGACAGGUAUUGUUACUUUUUUAUUACCGAGGGCUCUGGGAAUGCUACGGUAAAUGCUAUUGACUCUAGUCUUCACAAAUUUCGGGGCCAGACGCUGUCUCAGUUUUCAUUCUUUGCGCUCAAAGCCUGCCGACGGACAUACUCGUUGUCUGAGGUCGUACGGCUUCUUGGUGUGGUGUGUUCACUGAUUGAGAUCUCUCCUUACAAAUUUUGCCAUUGCUUGUCAGUUUUGUCUCAUAUUCACGUCGUCUUGUUUCCAUGGCAUCGUGACGAGGAACUGAGCACUCUAAUAAUCAUUUGUUGUUUUAGAGUUUUUACGUUGUCCACCAAUGCUGGUGUCCUGCCGAAUCGAACUCGCAAAACGAAUGUUUGUCGCCCUGCCGUUUUCCAGGCGUUUCAUCCCGCGUCAAUUGUCCCAGUGCCGUUUGAAUACGGCGCGCACCAUGGCCACCAGCUUGUUAUAUCUUUUUUCCAAAAUCUUUUUUUGCAGGAUUGUGCUGAGUACGAAUGUGGGCAGCACUGAUGGAAAAUUUCAAUAUUCCCAUUUUAUCUCGUGCAAAUAAGUUUUCAUAAAACGCCGGCGUAAUGAUAGCGUAACAAGCCAAGUGUCAUGUGUAUUCUAUAUGGUAGUUUUUGGUUGCGAAAAGACCAGUACAUUACGUCAGAAAGAAUUGUUGAGCCAUAGCGCGUGUAAACGGAGGUUUUGAUCGCCGUUUUGCGCACUUCAUUUCGUGUUGUUGGAGGCUAUGUAAUAGACACUGAAACCUUGUUUAUAUUCUUUAACUGCUAGUAUAAAAUCUCGUGUUUACAACAGUUUGACAGCCUCCAGGUCUUCAUGUUUGUUGCUGGGAUUGUUUGUGCUGGCGUUGUGGUUGUGCUUAUAAGUGGACUUUAUACAUAUUUUUUACUCUGUGGCACAGGAACGCAACAUAUGUUGUUCAUUUAAAAAUGCAUCAAGACAGACCGUUACUUGUGAUAGAGGAAGUGAUAUAUGGUUCAAAAGGAAGAAAGUCUAAUGAUUACUGUAGAUUUUUGCAACCACUUUUUUGCGUAAGGUUGUUGAAAAGUAGAAUGAACUUUUUUGAUAUCAUGGCAUACCUUUCAAUAGGCUUGCAAGUGUGGGCACCUUAGUAAGCAGUGGGCACAACAUAUCAGAGUCGAGUAUAUUUUUGAUGCUACCUCGGUGCUCAAUGCUUAAGGAGCUCUUAAUAGUCUUGUUGAUAAAUGUAGUAUUGAGGAAAUUAAUGCCGAUGGACGCUCAGUGAUAUAGUGUGAUGAUGCUUUAGAAAGUAUAAGUUGUGGCACAUUUUUGUACAGAACAUUGCACUGCGUUCCCAUAGCAAUGUAGCACAAGUAGUGCCAAAUAUCGUCUUUAUUGUGUUGAUUUUCAUACAUAUUGCAUUGGCUCGUCUUUUCCCAGCGGUAAUGCACCUGAGCUAUUGGUUGAGGCUGGUUCGUUCUUUCUUUCGCACAGCAUAGUUUUGGUUCACUGAAGGUGACAAAUGAGUGCUAGGGCUGUUAGGACAGGAUAUCGAGUGUGCCAUAAUUGUAUUUUCCAAUAAGUACUGUACGCUGUGGACAGUUUGAUUUUUGCCCUGGCUAUGAAAUAGCAAAGUUUCACAUUUUCUUUUUAAGUCAAGCGACGUGUUUUCCACAGCAAGUGCCAUCUUAUUUUAUUGAGAAAGGCAUCUAUUCAAAGUACACGAGGGCCGACGUUGGUAGCGGAGUUAAACGCCAGCGCAGUGGUCCGUAGAGAGCUUUCAGCUUUUGCGUUUGUUGUUGCGCAAUGAGGCAGUGUAUGAAUGUGCGUCUUUAGUAAAUGAAAAAUAAGCACUGAAGCUUUUGAAAGGAGGUAGUAGUCAAAUUCGAUCAUUACAUUUUCGUCCAUUGUUAUCGCCGGUGACUGGGACGUACAAAAUUUUAGUUGCGUGUGCAGGCCGGGAGGAAUUUGUUCUCUGCUCGGGCUACUAGUCACUGACUGAGUGUUACACGAUUGAUGUGCAUGGUUAUCGGUGUUUACGUUGGGGAAAGUGAUGCAGGUAUAUUGAGAUGUUAUAUGUAAAGCAGGUUAGGAAAAUUGUUGACAUGCGGACGUUUCAAGUAACCACAGGAAAUGCUAUGCCAAGCUCUAAAUGGUAAUGUCUACACUGAAGCAACAUUAUUGACAUCAAGAUACCUGCUAAUGUUGCACCAUUUGCUCUGGCAUGCCAGCGGAUAUAUUCGAAAGUAUCUGAGCGCAUUCAGUUAUUGCGCGGGAUCAUUAGGGCAAACCUUGGUACGAGCGGGCAUAACAGACUUGCUUAAUUGUGUAUGUGCACAGCAUGUAUUGCUGCUUAUUUGGUCACGUCUUCUGCACUGGGGUCCUCGACUGCGCUUGAAUCACAUUUCAUAUCAUCCUUCGGCUAUAGCUACAUGACGCAUUUGUUACUUUUCUAAAAGCACUUAAUAGUUGUGCUUCGCUGUACUGCACAUCAUAUUCUAUUCCAACAACAUCAGGCAGGGACGGCUGCUUACCUUGAUUUUUUUUCUUGUGUUAUGUGUCCCCUCACUGGUAUCUUAAAUGUCAUACGAUUUGCUUUGUUAUGUCAUAAAGUGAACCAACGACACUACAUAUACUACAUCAUAUAGAGCAUUUGGUCACACCUCACUCUUUUUGUUAGCCGCGGCAAAGUGGGGUUCACUAUGCAUUUAGCAACAGCAUUAUCCCAAACGUUGCGACUUCGGACAGUUGUAGCGUACAGAUCGAAAAUCGCUUGACACUAGUGGGCAACUAAAGGCCAGAGUUUUAAGAUUUCUAUGUGACUUUGGUCUAUAGUAUCGGUACGGGCCACCUGCUUCAAACAAAUCUUAAAAGCGACCCCACAACAUUCCUGUUUGCAUUUCCAUCCAUUUCAUUCCUUCAAAUUGUUUGUGUGUUCAUUUGUGUUAAGGUGCACCUACGAUGAUGAGAAAAAAGGCAAAACAAAGAAACGACCACGUUGGAGAGUGACUUUGCAUGUCAUUUUUAAGACGACUUUUAGUAUAGUCAACAUUCCACGUCUUGUGCUCUACAAAUGCCUGUCGAAAUAACCUUUCUAUUCAUGUCACUUUCUCAGUGUGGUUUGGAACGUGUAUAUCUAUACAUUUUCUAAUGAACA